UCUUUCAAAAUCUAGCUACAACAACUACUAAUACACACAUUUUCCUUCCCCCUCUCUCUCUAGCUAAUUUCUACAACACUUAAUCCAAUUACUGCACUUAAAUACCUUCAUCAACCAUUUUGAAUUAUGCGCUCCUCCAUAACAAGCCAUGAUGAUGAUUCUCAAUCGAGUAGUGAGUAGUGACUCCACCUAAUAAUGGCAGGUAAUGCAAUUCAAUUGAACGUCACCUUCAUCACCCUCUUCACUUCCAUUUUUCUCGGAUGUGAAAUUUAACGAGUGCACUGAUGAUGUAUACACACACUCUGCCACUAGCCAGAGGAAUAAAAGACAAAGCCAAAAACAGAGGAAUCAGUUCUCUUUCUCUCAGCUCCAACGACCAUGCAACCAAGUCAAGCACAAACAUUAAUUGAAGAGUAAUAACUAUUUGAAUGAACGGUUUUAGCAACAACAUUAUCCUCCUCAAGUCCCAACAACCGUAACAGCAUAAUACCAUGGUUCAUUCAAAGAAGUUCAGAGGUGUCAGACAGCGCCAUUGGGGUUCAUGGGUAUCAGAAAUUCGACACCCCCUUUUGAAGAGAAGGGUGUGGCUAGGCACAUUUGAAACAGCAGAGAAAGCAGCACGAGCAUAUGAUCAAGCUGCAAUUCUGAUGAGUGGGCGAAAUGCCAAAACCAAUUUCCCAAUUACUCAGACUCCAGAAGGUGAUCCGAAGAGCAUUACCAGUGAGGAAACCCCCUCAUCCACUUCCAAAGAUCUGGAAGAAAUUUUACAUGCCAAGCUUCGAAAAUGCAGCAAGGCACCUUCCCCUUCCAUGACAUGUUUGAGGCUUGACACCGAGAACUCCCACAUCGGAGUGUGGCAGAAGCGUGCAGGGCGGCGCUCUGAUUCGAAUUGGGUCAUGACGGUUCAGCUCGGAAAAACCGUCACCAAUAAUGGUGACGGUCUUCCUCUACUUUCUCCUGAUCAAUCUCUGAUCUCACCAGCCCUAACACGAAAUGAGGAACUGUUGAGGCCAGAGAUUGAUGAGGAGGAGAGAAUGGCACUGCAAAUGAUAGAGGAGCUUCUCAAUAACAGGAACUGUCCUAGCCCAUCAUCAUUCAACACCACACAACAACAACAAGGGGAUCAUGAUCAUGAUGACAGCUUUUUUCUUUGAAGGGUCUUCUUUCCUUAUAUAACUAUGGUAUUCAGUAUUCACGUGCUAAUCUUCAUCUACAUCAAGGUCAGAAAAGGAAAUUGCAGUUAUAUUUAGACUUACCUAUAAUAAGUACUGGGCUGCAAUCAUUGUUUGUA